AUGGAAAAGGUCGGCGAGUCAACCGCCCCGGCGGCUGCCCCGGCAGUCUGUGCAGCGGAAGAGGACGCGUGCGACAACAACCCUUUCAAUCUCCCGUCGCUAGCCGAACUGGAGGCGGCCAUGUGCAAUCCAGAAACAAGCAUCGUCAAGAAAAUGGCCAAUGUGUUCGCGAUCAAGAAGCACGGAGGAUCUCGAGCGAUGAACUUGCUUCUCGAGUCUCUCAACCACGACCAAGGCUCCGUCCUCUUCAGACACGAGGCCACGUACGUGCUCGGCCAGCUGGGUUGCCAAGACGCCGGCGAGCCGCUGUUGAAAAUCUUGAAAGAUACGAGCGAACACGAAAUGGUUCGCCACGAGGCUGCAGAGGCGCUGAGUGCCCUCGGGUACGAGACUUCGCUCCCCGUUCUGCAGGAGGUUGCGGCCGAUGAGUCAGUGCCUCUCACAGUGCGGCAGACGUGUGAGUUGUCUGUGCACUCUCUGCUGACGAAGAUCGAGGAGAAGCACGCAGCGGAGGGGACGUCUCCCGCGCCGCUGACUCCGAGUCGCGCGGCGACAAGCGCCUCUUCGCCCGCAGACGUCCCGGCAGCCGGCGAAGAAGGCGCGGUUCAAGCGAAAAACGACGAGGAUCUUUGGUGGAUUCGCGAGGAGAACGCGUACCGCGAUCGGCAGUUCAACACCAUUGACCCGUCGGAGCCUUACCCGAACUGCACUGAGGAGGAUCUCCCGUGGUUGACUGCGCAGCUGUUGAACGACGAGGAAAAACUCUGGAGCCGCUACCGAGCGCUGAUCACACUGCGCAACCUCAACUCGCCGACUGCGACUGCCAUGCUGGCUCUGGUGCUUUCUCGCGAUGCCUCGUCGGCGCUUCUUCGGCACGAAAUCGCCUUCGUUCUCGGCCAGCUGCGCAUCCCGUCGUCUGCAUGCGACGCGUCGGCGUGUGAGGCAGAGAAGCAGCGGAGCGAGGCUGAGCAGGACACAUUGCCCGCGGGUGCUGAGCCGUCCGAGAAGACAAACAAGGCGCCCCCACGCUACAGAGUCAUUCCGGACUUCCUGAAGGAGCACUUGCGCGUGAAACACGACGAAAGCAGUGCAGCGCGCGCCGCCUUUGACGCUCUCGCGCAAUGCCUCAAAGACGCAAAAGAACACCCCAUGGCCCGACACGAAGCGGCGCUCGCUCUCGGCUCUCUAGGCGCCUCUCCCGGCGCUUCGGAAGCAAAGGGGGAAGAAGGCGACGCGAGUAUCCAGGACACAAUCAUUCGCUUGCUGCAACUCUACAGCAAGGAUCCGGAUCGCAUUGUGAGCGAGAGCUGCUUCGUGGGUUUGGACAGCAUGCAAGAAGAACUUGGGCUCGAACUUGGCGUCUGCUGA